UGUGUGUGAGAGAGAGAGAGAGAGAGAGAGAGAGAGAGAGAGAGAGAGAAGCUGGAGUGCUAUAAGAGGCUUGCUGUUGAAAGAAAAUGCAUCAGAUCAUCAUCGUGAAGAGCAGAAGAAGUGUCUAGGGCGACUGAUCAAGGUCUUCAGAAUGUGUGUAAAACGAGCAAUCUGGUGGAUGGUGGUGUGUGCUGUGGUUCUGCAUGUGAGCUCUCAGCACUGGUCUCAUGGCCUCAAUCCUGGAGGAAAACGUGCAGCAUUGCAGGAGAAUGUUGAAGAAAUGCCGAGGUCCUCCGGCUACGCGUGUGACAAUGCAGACGCUUCGCCUCGGAAUAAGAUCUACAGAAUGAAAGAUCUGUUGACCCGUGUUGCUGAGAGAGAAAUGGGACAAUAACAGGCCUGGUUAAGAUCUUCAAUUUAUUCUGUGUUUGUUUUUUAAAUUGCCAAAAUGAAUUACCAAAAUGUAUGUACUACUUUUAACUAACACGUUGUUAUUCUUGCCAUCUCCUGAACAUAAUAGUGCUAAUAAAAUGUAUCAUG